CUCACAACGAACUGAGCGUACCUUAAAACCGCCGCGCAUAAAAAUCCAAGACCCGCCAUUGCUCUACUAAAACCCAGCUCAUCACCAUAAUCUCAGACACAAACCUCCGACUGUCUCUUUCUCUCUGUCUGUCUCUCACUUCGGUCCCAAUACUUUUCCCACAACCAUGGAACUCAAACUUUAACCAGAUACAAGAUCCAUUCUUCUUCAGGGUUUUAUUAGGGUUUAAAGAUUCAAUUUUUCACCCACCCAAUUCGAGUUUUGCUGAAUAGAGAGCACUAUACGCCCCCCAUGGCUUACUGGCGGGGCCUCUCGUCCAGAGCGAGCAUCAUUGCUCGGCGAAAGCAGCACCAUCCCUGCAUCUCUCACAUUCUCCACGACGACGACGUCGUUUCGGAGCCCUCUCCUUCCCCAAAUACCAAUCAUUUCCUCACCCAAAAGCGGUUCUUCAGUUUGGAUAAUAAAGUUUCAGGCUUUGGUGGGUUUGCUCAGAAUCGGAGGAUUUCAAAUGCUCUGCUUUCGUCGCCGCCGGCCGGAUUCGGGUUUGCUCGGAAUAUGUCGACGGGGGCGGAUAAGAUUGGGGUGUUCAGUGAUGUGCCGGAGAUUCUGUCGGACACGGCGGUGCAAGCUGUGACUUCGCAGCUGCCGGUGGUGAAUGAGGUGGCGAUUGCGGCGGCUGAUUCCUACUUGCCGGUUAAGGGCUUGCAGUACUUGAUUGAUUAUGUCCAUACUACUGCUGGGUUGAGCUGGUGGGCUGCCAUUGUGGUAACAACUCUUUUGAUUCGAAGCUGCACGGUUCCGCUUCUAGUAAACCAACUUAAAGCAACGGCAAAACUCACUCUUAUGAGGCCACGUCUAGAGGAACUUAAGCAAGAGAUGGAAGAAAAGGGUAUGGAUCUCGGAGCUAAGAUUGAAUAUCAAAAGAAAAUUAAGAUGCUAUUCAAGGAAUAUGGCUGUAGUCCCUUAACUCCACUGAAGGGACUCUUUAUUCAAGCUCCUGUCUUCAUCAGCUUUUUCCUAGCAAUAUCGAACAUGGCAGAGAAGGUGCCAUCGUUUAAAGAUGGUGGUGCCUAUUGGUUUGUUGAUCUGACAACUCCUGAUCCUAUGUACAUUUUUCCAGUUUUGGCAGGAUUGACAUUCUUAAUAACUGUGGAGUGCAAUCUGCAAGAAGGUAUGGAGGGAAAUCCUGUUGCUAAAACCAUGAAGAAUGUUUCAAGAGGCAUGGCUGUUCUUACAGUUCCAUUUACCAUGGGCUUUCCAAAGGCUGUAUUUUGUUACUGGGUUACAUCCAACUUGUUUUCGCUCGGAUAUGGAAUUGUAAUUAAGAAUCCUUUUGUGAAGAAGACACUGGGUCUUCCUCAGCUGCCUACCCCUGCUCCACAACCACAAGGAUCACAACAAUCUGCAUUCUCACUGUUUUCACAAAUGAAACAGCUGGCUGCAGCCCCAGAGCCCGCCUCAUCAACCGUUCAACCAGCAAAGAUUCAAGACCGGAGAACAUCAUCGACAUCAGAUCUCAGUCAAAGGAUUAAAAGUUUAGAGAAAAAAGUAAAGGGAAAAAAGAGAAACAAGAGGAGGUAGAAAAUUUUCUAGUUUCACAAGUUCAACCAUUAGCACGACCAUUGAUGAGGAGGUUUCAUUGCUUUAAAUUUUUGAUAUGAUAUUCUUUACAUUGAUGACACGAUAUUUAACUUACCGAGAGAGAAAGGAUGGGGCAUAGGAUGGUUUUAAUAAAUAUUAUGAAAGGUAUCAGUACCUGAAAUGUUUG